AUGGGUCCGAACACUGUUCCGAGAACCUGCGGGACGAUGAUGGACCACAGCUGCGGCCGUGACGGUGGAGGAACGGGGAAGGAGGGCUCCGACGAGAACGAGCCCGAGAGAGGGAGACUUAGGAAGCCAUGCGCACGGAGGGUGUACGCCGUCCCCGGAGUGGAGGGCGGCGCGGCGAGUGGCUAUUGGUGCAGCGCGGGGAGAGCGGAGAGCGAUGCAGAAUUCGAUGGGUAG